AUAUUCUUCUACAAACAAUAGAAAGUUCCUUUGGCUGAGUUCGUCAGAUAGAAUUUUUUGUCAGGCAAUUUAUUGAAAACGUUACUUUAUUCUGAACCUGAAAUUAUGAGAAUCUUUAAAAUAUGAGUAUGACAAAAAAUUAAGAAUAUUUCAUUCUUAUAAUCCUUAGUUCGAGUUUAUAUUCCGAAGGAAGAAUGUAUGUAAUACGUAGCAUAGUUGUGUGUUCAAUUUUGUCAGUUAUUCAUGGAGCCAGGAUUCUCGGUGUAUUUCCAUAUUGCGUCCACAGUCAUUUUUCACUUGGAUUCCGUUUGAUGAAAGAACUAGCAGACAAAGGACAUGAAGUGACAUUCAUCAAUUCUUUUCCUCAAAAAGUACCAAUCAGAAACUUGAGAGACAUUUCUGUGGAAGAAAUGAAGAAACCUGUGGCAGGGUAUAUAGCUAAGUUGAGAGCGUUCGGACAGUUCAGCCCCUGGAAACAACUAGAAUUCAUGCUGUCUUUGGGUAGAACGUAUACAGAGGUAGUAUUGAAGAACGAAAAUGUUCAGAAUCUUUUAAACUCGAACGAAACAUUCGAUUUGGUGAUUGUCGAACACUUUUGGAAUGAAGCUAUGGCCAUAUUUGCUCAUCGUUUCGAAUGUCCAUUAGUAUAUAUGGCUCCAGGACCAACUUCAGUUUUCAACAGUCAUCUGUUAGCAAAUCCUUCAUUCCCAUCAUAUAUACCUAAUUUCUUAACGGCCUACAGUUCGCGAAUGAAUUUCUGGGAGAGGUUGAGAAAUAGCUACCUCAAUUUAUUGUGUAUGUUAUUUGUAGAAUUUAGGCUGAUUCCAGAUCAGAGCGAUCUAUUGAAAACUACAUUUCCUAAUGCUCCUGACCUCAGAGCAAUAUUGUACAACGCAAGUUUGAUGUUGAUCAUGUCACAUGCCAGUAUUCAUGAUCCUGAACCUCUUCAACUGAAUGUUAAAAACAUAGGAGGACACCACAUUGGUCCUUUGGAACCUUUACCAGCAAAUAUUCAACAGUUUAUGGAUAACGCCACAGAAGGUGUGAUCGUUUUCUCUCUAGGGUCAAACCUGAAAGCAGCAGAUUUGGAUCCCGCCAAAAAAAUAGCAAUAUUGAGUGUCUUCUCCAAAAUCAAGCAGAAAGUUCUAUGGAAAUUUGAGACGGACCUUGACGAAAAAUCCAGUAAUGUUAUGAUCCAAAAGUGGCUACCUCAACAAGAAGUACUUUCACAUCCGAAUACGGUUGCAUUCAUAAGUCAUGGUGGCCUCUUGGGUUGUAUGGAAGCUGUUCAUUUUGGUGUACCUAUUCUUGGGCUUCCAGCAUAUUGGGACCAGAACAAGAAUAUUGAAGGAGCUGUAAGGAGCGGUAUAGCUGUCAAAAUGGAUGUACAAGAUCUAACGGAACAUACCUUUCGCAUCGCUUUAGAAGAGAUACUGAACAAUAAAAAAUAUAGCCGUAAUGCCAAAUUCCAAUCACAAAUAAUGCACGACCGACCAAUGAAACCUCUUGAUGAAGCAGUAUUUUGGUUAGAAUAUGUGAUUCGGUAUGCUGGAGCUCCACAUCUCAAAUCAGCAGCUCUAGAUCUGAAAUGGUAUCAGCUAUACCUGAUUGACAUCUUGAUAUUAGUUGGUUUGACUACCAUAGCUUUAUUUCUACUCGUCUUUUUCGUCAUCCGAUAUAUUUCUGACAAGAGCAGAAAAUAUAUCAGUGAGUCAAAGAAGAAUAAAUAGUUAAUUAGUUUUUUGUCGUCAAGAAACUUAUUUUCCUUCAACAGACAUCCACUAAGAAUUCACCUUCACAUAAUAAUGUCUAUGAAAACUAGGAAUCAUAGUGCUGCCUUCAAUAUUUCCUUCUUGGAGGUCUAAUAAUGACGUGAAAAAUAUUUUAAAAAAUCUAGAGGAAAUGAGUAGAUGAUACAUCAACAGCAGUAAAGUACGCAUCAUAAGGAUCCUCAAGCAUUAAUAGAUUUAAUAAAACUAU